UCGGCGUUCCGGAAGUGGUUUCCCGGAAGAGGUUUCCCGGAAGAAGCAUGUCUGCGCCCGCGAUCCGGCUGGACGCUGCACGCUGAUCCGCCGGCAUCAUGCAGUCGGAUGAUGUUAUCUGGGAUACAUUAGGAAACAAGCAAUUUUGUUCCUUCAAAAUAAGAACCAAGACUCAGAGCUUCUGCAGAAAUGAAUACAGCCUGACUGGACUCUGUAAUCGGUCAUCUUGUCCCCUGGCAAAUAGCCAGUAUGCAACUAUUAAAGAAGAGAAAGGACAGUGCUACUUGUAUAUGAAGGUUAUAGAACGAGCAGCUUUUCCUCGGCGUCUCUGGGAACGGGUCCGGCUUAGUAAAAACUAUGAGAAAGCACUGGAGCAAAUAGAUGAAAAUCUGAUUUACUGGCCCCGUUUCAUUCGACACAAAUGUAAGCAGAGAUUCACCAAGAUCACCCAAUACCUAAUUCGAAUUAGAAAACUUACACUAAAGCGACAGAGGAAACUGGUUCCUUUGAGUAAGAAGGUGGAACGUAGGGAGAAAAGAAGAGAGGAAAAGGCAUUAAUAGCUGCUCAACUAGACAAUGCCAUUGAGAAGGAAUUACUGGAGAGACUGAAACAAGAUACGUAUGGAGACAUCUACAACUUCCCCAUUCAUGCCUUUGACAAGGCCCUGGAACAACAGGAGGCAGAGAGUGACUCUUCAGAUGCUGAGGAAAAAGAUGAUGAAGAUGAAGAUGAGGAAGAUGUGGGGAAAAGAGAAUUUGUUGAAGAUGAUGAGGUAGAUGAGAGUGACAUAAGUGAUUUUGAGGAUAUGGAUAAACUGGAUGCCAGCAGUGAUGAAGAUCAGGAUGGUAAAUCCUCCAGUGAAGAGGAAGAAGAAAAGGCCCUUAGUGCGAAACACAAAGGCAAAGUGCCCUUGAAAGGACCACUGCGGAGAAAACGAGCCUAUGUGGAAAUAGAAUAUGAGCAGGAGACAGAGCCCGUGGCCAAGGCCAAAACCACGUGAUUUCUCUUUAAACACUCAUACCAGGACUGAACAUACAGAACUACUUCUUUUCUUUUUUAAUCUUAAACAUAUAAACACCUCCAGUUUUUGCUCUUUUGUGUUGUAUUAAACACAGUAUUUGUGUUUUUAUUAUUUAUGCCACAUCAGUGAGGCAAGAAAUCUGGAGUGAGUGAAGAAAGCCCUAAGUUGUGAACAAGAGUGUUUUUAUAGCAUAUGUGUUGAAGUAACAGCUUGUGCCCAAGAAAUUUAACAGAUGAGUUCUUGAAUCUGGAAUGAGAUGAUGGAUGUAAAUAUUUCUAAAUUUUAAAUGCUAAAUUCCUUGGUGUCCUUUUUUCUCCCAAACUUUAUUUAGAAAUGGAAGGAAUUCAAUUUUAUCUUGUUCUACUUUCCCUACUCCCGUGGAGGUAAAAGGAAAGAAGGAAAAAGCAGCUUUAACUUACAAAGUUUAGUGUAAAAAUACCUUUUUUCUUAAAUAACUCCAUUCAAACAAUUUGGGAUGGAACGAGUCCUUCUGUCUUGGGAAAGUAAUGCAAGUCUUAAGUUCCAUCAUAGGGAGCGCCUUCAGAAAUCUGCUGGACUUUUCUGAUACAGUUCACCACGUUGCUGUCUUCACAGCUUUGGGGAAUUUUGGCCAGGAGACCCUGAAACAUGAAACCAAACAGGCCUUGAUUUUUUUUUUAAUUACUUUUUUCCCCUUUUGCUUGAUUCUUCUUUCUUGUUAUCCUACUCAAAGGAGGAAAGAAUGGAUCACACUCGAGGACAGGUCACUAAACAGAGUAGGUAUUAGGUUUUUUAAUUUUUAAUUUUAAAAUUUAUAUAGCUCUUAUGUAUUAAAGGUGUUGCUUUAAAAACUGUGUUAAUGUGCUUGCAAAUCUCCUGCUGGCUCAUGAAGCAGCAGAAUUCCAGCCAAGGCAAAUUCAGCUGGGUCUAGGGCUUGAAAACUACCCAAGAUUAAAGAGCUAAGAUGAAAUCGUUUGAAUAAACUGGUAAAAUAACAAUUCAUACUAUCUCUACAUAUUUUUAAGAUAUGAAUUUUUUUUCCCCUGCCGGGUAGAUUGUCCAAUGAGAAUUUCUAAAUUCAUGCCAUAUAGGCCCCUAAACAAAGGCCUGUAUGGCAUGAAUUUCUUUUCAUGCUGCCUUCAAUCUUUUAACUAAAGAUUUCUAAAAGAGGUAAGAAAUGAGGUAAUAGUGGUGGGGCGCAGUGACUCAUACCUGUAAUCUCAGCACUUUGGGAGGCCGAGGCAGGUAGAUCACCAGGUCAGGAGUUCCAAGACCAGCCUGACCAACAUGGUGAAACCCCAUCACUACUAAAAAUACAAAAAUUAGCCAGGCAUGGUGGUGGGCGCCUGUAUUCCCAGCUACUCAGGAGGCUGAGGCAGGAGAAUCACUUGAACUCAGAAGGCAGAGGUUGCAGUGAGCUGAGAUUGGGCCACUGCAUUCCAGCUUGGGUGACACAGCAAGACUCUCAAAAAAAAAAAAGCAAUAGUUUACUAAAUACAUAGAAAUACAUAUGAAUUAUAUGCUAUGGCUUUAAGAAAUGAACUUCUGUGGAUUAUGAAACCAAAGGAAGAAUUUCCAUGUAGAUAAAUUAAGAAUAUUGGAAAACAUCUACCUAAGAGAUGGUUUCCCCUAAAAAACUGGAAACAUUUCAAAUGCUCUAUUGAUGUUGUUAUUCCUGGGAGCUAAUGGCCCAUUAUUUCUACUUUUUGGUAUUUUUUUUUUUUGAGACGGAAUCUCGCUUUGUCACCAGGCUGGCGUGCAUACUUAUUUUUAAUUCAGAAGACUAGAGCAGAACUUAAAUUUUACAAACAUUUGAUCAUAAUGCUUUUCUUUUGCCCAUUCUCUCUUGUCCUUAGCCCCGGUGACAUGUGCUGAUCCUCCUGCCUUUAGUUCUAAAUGGUUCUGAAUAGCUUUAAAACAUCAGUAAGAAAAAAGAUCAAGCUGUGUUGAAUGCUAGAGGGCUCAUACAGAGACCUAAAACCCUCCAUGUUCAUUUUCAGACUUGGUCAGGCACAUAGUAAAUUAUAAUCAAUCAUAGGAAUUACAUAAGGAUAAUGAGGCCCAAGUGAAACCAAGUUUCAGUCUGUCUUACCUUCACCCGUCCUUGAGAGCAGCAGUCCAGGAGAAUCAGGCAGUCUGUGGCCUCCUGUAGCAGGGAGCUCUUAACACACUGGGGUGUAAGGCUUGGAUCCCUUGCUACAUCACAUAUCAGUUUUAAGAGAGCCUUCAAUAAGACCACAAGUCUGCAGGAAACUCUGGAAUUAAGAAAAAAAAUCUAUGUUCAUAUUGUAAAUCAGGAUAUUAAAAUUGGAAGCGACUUCAAAGACUGUCAAGUGGAAAGCCCUCAUUUCACAAAUUAAGGAAUUAAGGUUACAGUUAAAUAAAAAAGACCUAAAAACAGAACCAAAGACAGCCUCCAGAUUUCUUACCCUCAAGUCUCCUGUUAGCAUAUCGAAAGAGAAAAUAUGAUACACAAACACACACAUAGCUUGAUUCUACUGUAAGCAAACAGCUUCUUCAUGGGCUGAAAAGGGGAAGCUGGGAUCUCCCCUAAACAAAGGCCUAUACUUGUAUUUUUCAACCUAUUAAGUGAACUAAGCAUGGAGAGAGCCCUCAAUGCUUUAACUUUAAUGCCAUCUCAGGUCUGGAAUUUAAAGAGAGGGAAUGAGCUUGGCUUCUGGGACUUAAGUGUCAAUUUGAAUUUUCUGUCAUUUAAUUUCAGAUCCUAGCUCACCAUCAGUGAAGUCCAGCCUACGUACUUGUAACUAUUAACCUUUCUAAAAGUUUUCAUUGCAUUGGUAAAGCUCCAGAAAUGGAUGACGGUAGUGACUGCACAAUAUUGUGAUCGUACUUAAUCCCACUAAACUGUUCACUUUAAAUUAGAAAAUUUGUAUUUUUAUCGCAAUAAAAAACC